AUAUAAGUCAAUAUGGAUGAAAUAGGAGUGAAAAGUGGUGCUCCAACGUUUAUAGAAGAGAUUCUGGAAGAAUCUAUGAACACUGACCUAGAGGGUCACUCUGUGUGUGUUAUAGGCCGUCUGUCGGACCAUGACGUAGAUUCGUGCUCUGCAAGAGUAACGGACCCUCUUUCAAAACAAGAUCUUGUGGUUGAUACAUCCCUCAUUGAACCAUUCGGGGCCAGGUAUGGUUCCCUAUUCCAGUUUAUUGGAGAGCUUGUUACUGGGGAACAGGAUGGCAGCUCUGGUGUAACAUUAAAUGGAGGUAGCUCUGUGGUGCUGAAGGCAAGAGUUGUUCGCUGUGUCGAUGGUAUAGAUAUGACCAUGUAUAGGAAAGCUAUCAUGCUUCAGAGGGACUUUCUUAACAGGAAGACUUGAUCAACAUUUUUGCCUUUCAAAUCCAUAACAAACAAUGAAUCAAAAGUUUGUACUGCAUGAAACAAUCAUCUGAGAGUUUGUACACACAUUUGAAAACUACAGUACAUGAAGCCUUCCAAUAUUCCAGAUAAUGAAAUAAAUCAUAAUUACUGUGCUCUGUUUUCUGAAAAACUUCCUCAACUUCUGUCUUACCAGUCUUGACAUCAGCUAAAGUUGUAAAAGGUCUCCACGGUUUUGUCUUCAGUGGGAUCUUGUUUUUAUGUAAUUUUUCAAACAUUUUGUUCAAUUAAGACAUGUAAACUUAAAAACUGUAACACUCACAAUAUAUGUGUGGUGAAUAUGUACAAACAAGCAUGUUUUGUUCACCUUGUUCUGAAUUGGGCGAGAGCUCUGUGGAUUGUAAAAAUUGUGAAAUAGCUAGAUUUUUAAUGCAAUGAUUAUAUUGUGACUUCACUUACAUAAUAAAAUACAACUUUAUGAAGGAGUUUACAGUA